GAUUGAUUACUGUUGAAUGUUAAAGGGGAAGGAGACUGUAGUGAAUUUUGUCUGGGAGUCGGGAGUGUCGCUAUAUCGUUGUCUGGAGAGAUGUCGCUUUUUUAUUCCAUUGCUAAUCCCUCUAGUUUGUCCCGGUGCAUGGUUUGGCUCAAAGAUGCUCCCAAGUACAGAGGUAGAAGAGCGGGGAAAGCGGUGUAAAAGUUACCCAAAACAAUGACAAGGAGAGGUCAGCUGUUGGACCGUCAUUGGUGGAGGAGGCGAGAGAGUCCGGAGGGUUUUGAUCAGGAGUAAGAUGUUUGUAGUCAUUGAAGAAGACGGGGCAGCGGAGCAAAGAGGGGAAAGCAGGGGGAGGGGGCUGCUCUUCACUUGUGUCCGGGUUGGGAGUUUUUUUUUUUAAGCCGUCCACUGGAGCCGGAGAGCCUUUUGUCUGUUGAUAAGAUCUGGAGACUGGAGGAAUUGUCAAGAGUUUUUUUUUUUUUUUCUUUUCUCUCUCCCUGCUCCUACUAUCCUGCUUGGCUGAAUACAGGGAAAUGCGCCGCGCUUCAGCAGGGCAAACUGCUCACCAUGAAGGACACUGGGUAAGUCCGGAUUGACCAAACUGAAAAUGGGACCACUCCAGCUAGUUAGGCAGUGAAUUGGUGUUUGUUAAGCGUGAUAAAUAGUUAACCUUGUCCGUGGGCUCCGCAGUGAUGCGAGUGUCUGUCCUCUACAGCCGUCCUCCCGAGCCCCCUCCCGCUCCUGAUGUCCUGUCGCUCUGUCUUUGGAGAGAGUGGAGUUGUGCGUUUAUGAGCGCGCGUGCCCUUCACUUUCUCUCAUUGCUGGAAAGAAAAACCUUCCGUUAUGUUUCUUAGACAGAUUUCUUGGCCAGUGAAGGGUAUAUGCGUUUUACAUCUUUUGUAGCCUGGCCCUUUUGACUUUCUGCUACUUUUUUAGUUUUGUGGUGUGUCUAGGGGGCUGUGGUGCCUCCAGUUAUUUUUGACCCUUUCCUCCAUCGUCCUUCAGAGCCAGACAGUGGCACAGACUCUCUCACAUCCAUGUGAAACUGCUAUAUCUCACUAUUUUGGUUAAUAGUCUGAGAAGUCAGGGGUCCCCCGAGACAGUGCUGCAGCUGGUUGCAUUGACCCUAAGACCCCUCUCCCCCGCCCUGGCCGUGACAAAUGCCCAGAUGGGACAGACUGUUGGCCUGUCAGCUCCAGGGGCAGAAGAGCCUAAUGAUUUGAUCUGAUCUCAUCUGAAGGAAUCUGCGUCAGGAGCGCCUCCUUUCUUUCUCCGCUCUAACUUCCUUCCAACUAGAUUUGUUUGUCCUCUUGGGUACUCUAAUUGAAUGUUUCCAUUGGUGCUUUGACAAAACAAAGUCCCAUUGGGGGGGUGAAACUGAGAGGCUAAAAAUAACUUAAGUUGAAGCCCUUGCUUUCUAAUCCCAGUGUAUUGGCUGGAUACUAUUUGAAUGUAAUUUGUACCCACACUGUAUUGUUGACUUAACCGGGAGAGAACAAAGUUACUGAAGUGCUUGGACAUAGCUAAGUCUUUGAGCUUAUCGCUAAGGUGACCACUACUGCUGUGUGUUCUAGCCCUUUUGCCCUUGUCCCUCCUCCCCUUGUGUUUGAACAUGUGUACACUGUCACCAAAGGCAGUGUGGGCAGCCAGGGAGUCUGCUAUAUUUUAUGCAGGUAGCUUUAGCCCUGCCUACUGACGCUGGAGACGAGGCCUAGCAUUGGAUGAAGGUCAUGGGAAUGUGAGUGUGAGACUGGCUCUCUGUCAGCGAUGAGAGCAACGCAUGUGGACCCAGGAAGUGAACCUCACAGAGGGAACAAACUGAUGGUGUAGACUUUGAGGUGCUGUUUAAUUUAUCAAGCAUCUCAGAAUGUCCACAGCCACUGGGGUCAGUUAAGUGCUGCAGUGAAAGUUGAAAAACCUGUCCUCCAUCUCUUCCCCCACCCCUCUCUGGUUUCCCUCUUGCUGCCGUUGAAUGACCUUGGGAGAUCAGUGACUAGCACUUCCUGGAGUUGGCUUGAAGUAGAACCAAGGGCAAAGUUUGCAUGGUCGCUCAGACCGCUGGUUUCGCCCAGCUGCACAUUAGAGGAGCAUGACAGUAGUGGUAGUAGUCGGUAGUAGUCAGUAGUAGUCAGUAGCUCCAUCUGUGCUUUAUAAAACACAUGUGAGUGAAAAAAUGUUCUGUUCACUUGUACCAGAGGUUAAUCUGUAAUGCUGCCUGAGAACUUCUUGUUUUUUGUUUAGCUGAAGUAGAUCAUUUACUCUAUGCGCUGUACACCACGGUUUGUUUGUGUGUGAAAUUUGUGAUUGAGUUCAGCAAGGUCAACAUGUCUAACAGCCGCUCUGUCAGAGGCAAAUGCAACGUUAUUAAUUUACUUUUGUUGAUCCCAUUGACUUUAGUUGGCUCUAAACCUUAAGCUGUCCAGAAACCAUACUGUAGUAGUUAUAGAGUUAUAUAAUUAGUUUUUAUUAACAUCAUUUAAUUGUGCAGACUCUUAGAGAAUACUGCAUGUCUAUCUGGACAGUUUAAUCCUUCAUUUUGUUUGAUAUCAAAACUAUUAUAAAUAUGUUUAUUAUUUUCUUGUUUAUUUUUGUAAAUUUCAAGUUUGCAAUAAAUUAGGCUAAUGUUUAAAAAGGUUGUCAGAUCAGUUCUGGUUAAGUAGCGUAACAAGAAAAUGAACAGGAAUCCUUCAUGACCAAGGCAUUUUUUGGCUUUGUGAUAGCGUGGUGUUUUCUUAUCCCCACCUCUGUGUGUGCAGGGCUAUCAGUUGUAUUUGGACAGGAAUUGAAGGCUCAUGUGAAGCACUGUGAUGUCAGAGUUGGAGAGAGGCGCCGCUGCUUGUGCGAGUGCCCACUUGAAGUGACGUUCUUCUAAUCCAGUCAAAGAGAGAGAGAGGGUACAGGGCUAUAGACUGGGAACAACAAUAGUGCUGAUUCAGCCACUGCAACAUUGAGUUCCUGUGAGAAGUUUGGUCUGAGCUUAAGUAAGGCGGAGGGACAGUAUUGCAGAAAGAAGCACCAUGAAACUAACAUUGCAGCGACAGGAAGAAGAGACUCUGUAGGAGGAAGACUGCAUUGGACUGUAUUGACAAAGGCCUCAGUCACACGCACACACACACAGAGGAAACCCAACACCUACAUCACAUUGUGUUCAUGACCUGAUGAAGGACAACACGACUGCAGAGAAGAGGAGAGACGCACCACCAACACAACUAAGAGAGGAUGUCUUCAGAUGCUUUUGGGGGGAGCAGCGAUGCCCAGCAGACCUUGCAGUCCUUCUGGCCCCGUGUCAUGGACGAGAUCAGGAACCUGACGAUAAAGGAUUUUCGUGUGCAGGAGUUGCCUCUGGCUCGAAUCAAAAAAAUUAUGAAGCUGGAUGAAGAUGUUAAGAUGAUCAGUGCUGAGGCUCCAGUGCUGUUUGCCAAAGCUGCUCAGAUUUUCAUCACAGAACUAACCCUUAGAGCGUGGAUCCAUACCGAGGACAACAAGAGGCGCACACUACAGAGGAAUGACAUCGCGAUGGCAAUAACAAAGUUUGACCAGUUUGACUUUCUCAUCGACAUUGUGCCACGGGAUGAUCUGAAACCUCCUAAACGACAGGACGAUGUGCGUCAGUCAGUGGCCCCAGCCGAGCCGGUGCAGUACUACUUCACCCUGGCUCAACAGCCUGGUGGGGUGCAGGUGCAGGGCGCGCAGCAGGGGCAACAGCCAGGGGCACAGGCGGCCACCACCAUUCAGCCGGGCCAGAUCAUCAUUGCACAGCCACAGCAAGGACAGAUGCUGCAAGGCGCUACAAUGCAGCAGCUACAGCAAAUGCAGGUGCAAUCACAAGGCACACCCAUCACGAGUGCUCCAGUGGCUAUGCAAGUGGGUGAGGGCCAACAAGUACAAAUAGUCCAAGCUGCAGCCCAAGGUCAGGCACAGACGGCUCAGGCCCAGGGGCAGACCAUGCAGGUCAUGCAGCAGAUCAUCACCAACACGGGCGAGAUCCAGCAAAUCCCGGUGCAGCUAAAUGCAGGUCAGCUACAAUACAUCCGUCUAGCGCAACCCGUUUCCGGAGCUCAGGUGGUUCAAGGACAGCUUCAGACCCUUGCUAAUACCCAACAGAUAACGCAGUCAGAAGUACAAGGGCAGCAACAAUUUAACCAGUUUACUGAUGGACAGCAGUUGUACCAGAUUCAGCAGGUGACGAUGCCAGCGGGACAGGAGCUGACCCAGCCCAUGUUCAUCCAGUCAACCAAUCAGGCAGGGGAAGCUCAGGUGACGCAGGUCAGCACUGACUGAGGGCCUAGAAUCCAUGCCUAUGUGAAAGAAACUACCCACUUAAGAGAACACUAGAGAACCUUUUAACUCUGGCUUGUUUAGAUGGGACCUCAAAUCUGUUCCUUAAACACAUUUACAUGCAUAACAUAAGCAGCAUCAGCAGCCAAAGGGGGGGGGGGAUUUAUGUAAAAAUACUUCUUUCACCAGGUCAUUUUAGCAAUGGCGUUCAAGUCUGUUUGUACUGUGCUCUGUCAUGUCCCACAUCAUUUUAAUAGAAGAGGUUUGUACUGUCCAUACUUUCUGUAUUUGAAUGUUAAAUAGAAGAACAUGCUCAUAAUUCAGUGACUUUCAGACCAUUUCUCCAGUUUUCUGUGCAAAUAUUUGUAUCAUUUUGUUGUUUAUCAUGUUAAUAAACCAUAUACCUCUGACGUCACAUUUGUAGAAAAUCAAACCAAGGGAACAUGUUAUUCAGUGAACACCCUGUAUUUUUCUUAUAUUAUUGGUUAGCAUGAUUCUGUUUGGCAUGUCCCUUGUUUUUGGAGCUGGGGGUCUCCUCUGACAUUUGGGUGAUCAUUUUUGGGCGGGUUGUGUUUUGUUCCCUGGUCUUACAACUUUGUUCAAGGCAAAAAAAACAAAACAAACACAUGCAUUUGUAAUACUUUCGUCUUUGAUAAAACAAACAAGGCUUAUGGUCAAUUGCCCUCACAUUUUGUACAGUAAUUAUGUCAUCUUUUUGUUGUGCAUGUAGUUAAAAUGGCCAGCAUGACAUGCAAAAGAUGGGUACAUUUUUAUUUUCAUGUUUCUUUUUGUAAACAACCUUUGUGAAAAAAAUAAAUAAAAAUGAAUUGUUCAAGAA